AUGUCAAUAGUGUCGAAAAGCAUAUGUAAAAAAAUUUCAGCGUUUGUAAAGAUUGAAGUAGAAAAGUUAACUGAUGAUCUCGAUCCAGGAACUGCGCGACUUUGGGCAACAACACUAACCGGGGAAUCUUGUCGAUGUCGCGGUGUAGCAUUUGGCUCAUAUACUGUGGCCAAUUUACCGUGUGAUAUUUGGUGUGACGUAACAGUUGUAGCAUUUGAAAGUUUGGAAGAUAUGCACGUUCGAGGACCAGAGCAAUCAAUUCGUCUAAUGUAUCUCGAACAGUUCCUCGAAUCAGUGUACAGUAAUGAGGAACUACGUGGUAGAUUAGCUUUUGAAACAGGCGUCCACGUUAGCGAAGGUCUAGCGUGCGUUGCGUGGGAUGUUAGCAAUCAA